UUGCGGCGGAAGCUCACGUGGCCUUGGUUUUCUUCGGCGAGAGACGCGACGGAGAGCCGAGGGAGGGGAGCGAAACGAAACGGGCUCCCGGUGGGCGCCCAGCGAGCCAGCCUCCAGCUAUGGCGAUCCUAUUUGCGGUUGUAGCCAGGGGCUCCACCAUCCUGGCCAAGCAUGCAUGGUGUGGAGGGAAUUUCCUGGAGGUUACAGAGCAGAUCCUGGCCAAGAUACCAUCCGAAAACAACAAGCUCACCUACUCGCACGGAAAUUACCUGUUCCACUAUAUCUGUCAGGACCGGAUUAUAUACCUCUGCAUCACAGAUGAUAACUUCGAGCGUUCCCGGGCUUUCACCUUCCUGAACGAAAUCAAGAAGAGGUUUCAGACCACCUAUGGGUCUCGAGCACAGACCGCCUUGCCCUACGCCAUGAACAGCGAGUUUUCCAGUGUUUUGGCAGCGCAGCUGAAAUAUCACUCAGAGACCAAAGGUCCUGACCAGGUGGUAGAGACCCAGGCUCAGGUGGACGAACUCAAAGGCAUCAUGGUCCGUAAUAUAGAUCUCGUAGCUCAAAGGGGAGAAAAGCUGGAACUGCUGAUAGACAAAACGGAAAAUCUUGUGGAUUCGUCCGUCACUUUCAAAACAACCAGUCGGAACCUGGCUCGAGCAAUGUGCAUGAAGAACCUCAAGCUCACCAUCAUAGUUGUCAUCGUAUCCAUUGUCAUCAUUUACAUCAUUGUGUCGGCUGCCUGCGGGGGCCUCUCCUGGCCAAGCUGCGUGAAGAAAUAGCCGCCCGAGGUGAUCCACCCCAUGAAAGCACACGUGCGCACAGGAAUGUAUGUCAUCCAAUUGCGGACUUUCACACUCUUCAUCCUCCCAGGACACUCAAGAGUCUUUUUUGCCUUAUCACCUUGUAAGGUAUACUCCUUCAAGACCCAAAGGAUGUUUUUCUCCAUAAACAAGCAGGACUUCCUGAAGGGAGAGAGAGCGAGGAGGGCAAUGGACCAACGGGAGGUAUCUAAAGUAUUUGCAUCCCCAUGCUUUGCACUUUACUUGGUGGAGCAGGUUGGGGGAGCUGAAGGCCCCGUAGACCUUUGGUGUGUGUGUGGGGGGGAGAAGUGAGUGGGGACUGCUGAAGUCAACCGAGUUCUUUCUCACAGACCCAGCCCAGCGACGCGAUCAGCUCUUUUACUAAAACGGCUUUUUUCCUGCAGUGCCUUUCUUAAAACUCAUGACAGGCUGUGGCUUUUUUUCCCUUCGAAGCUUCCUUGGCGGCCCUUUUUCGUCGGGGCGAGUGAAAGCGCUUCUGCUUUUCAACUCGAGUGACUGGUAAAUGUGUAACUAUCAACGUUGCUGUAACAUUGCUGCUAUUUGUAAUUUUUUUGUGUCUUGGGUUCGUCUUCUCGCCUAGUUUGGAAUGUCCUCUGGCUUCAUUUCCAGAUGGUGUGUGUAAAUGCUGUUUUAGCGCCUCCAAAGAAUCACUCUCUCUGCAAGAUUUAGUGACUGCCCUCUUCUCUUUGAGCGUGGUGGACCUAUUGGCGCCUAGUUCAAAAAAACCCUUGAUUUCUAAGCAAAAAGUUAGAGAAGCAUGAAGUAGUUGAAAACCAAUUUUUAAUCUCAAACUGCCAUAAAUUACUUGUGAAAAACUUUAAAAAAAAAUCCCUCCCAUUCGUGCAUAAUGUAAAGGAGGAUGAAUCUUAAAUAGGAAGAUUCUUCCCCCCGUGUUGGCAUUUUAUGAUCUUGUCUCUGCUCACUCUUCUCAGCAUACCGCAGAGUAAAAACUGGUGCACCUAUCUUUGGUCUUCCUCUCCAAAUGUCUUUGCAGGAACAAGCCCACAUGGAAUUAAUUGUGCAUGUCUUUUUUUAAAAAAAUGUCAAUAGCGGUGAUUAAUUUUCUAUCAUUUUGAAUGCCUUUUGUGUAAACUGCUUCCUCUUUUAAUAAAAUGCACUGAUGCAUUAUUGUAAAAUAAAUCUAAAUCUGUUUAAAUAAAUGUACUUAACUGCAGACAAUUGA